AAAAGUAAGGUAUCAAAGCUUCUUCCAUAAGAACCAUCAUAGAUCAUACCCUCAUUUGCCUUAUCAUUCCAGCGAAGUUUUUGUGUAAAGAGGAAACGAUGAUUUCGUUACGGUCCAAUAAUUCUAUGUCACGCCGGACGCUGGCAAAGAAGUUUGGCUGCGGGAAGAGGGCGUGGAGGAGCUUCACCGCUAAAGUACAAUCGAAACUCCACAAGCUCACCAUCCCCAAGGCAAUCAAAACCACCGCCAGACGCCUCUGUGCCUUGCGGAGCAAGUUUCAUUUUCUCAUCCCAUCCAAACUCUGCGCUCUCACCAGAAGUUCCUCUGGCUUCCCUAGUAACCGAUACUAUAACCAUCACUAUAUCUUUGAAUCCCGCAUUGAUUAUGCACAGGGAAGAUCUAGCUACCAGUACCACAACAAGCUUCAUCAUACUAAGAAUACGGCAGCCAUACACAUAGACGAGCUCUUUGAAGAGCCUGCCGCCUGUGUGGACGCCAAGAAGGAUCCACAUUUUGGUGAGCAAGCAGAAACGAGCAAAGGAAAACAGGCAGUCGAUGUGGACGAUGACUUGAAGGUUGUGACAAGAGAUAAGAAGAGUAUGUAUAGCGUUGAAGAUGCGUGGCAGGCGGUGGUUGCUAAGUCGCCUCAGCUGCGGGUGGUGGAUGAAAGAGCGGAGGAGUUCAUUCACAAGUUUAGGCAAGACAUGAAGCUUCAGAAGGAGAAAUCCCUUCUUGAGUUCCAGGAGAUGUUGGCUCGCAGUUCUUAAAUUAAUUAUAAUUAGCUUUAUCACCUUGGUUAGUUUCAUUUUUUUUCCAAUACAAAAUAUGGAAGUGAUUGAACAAGCUUGGAGGUUUGCUGGUUUUUGGGUUUCGGGGUUUGACGAAUACAGUGGUUUUCUGCAGCAAGUGUGAAGAUGCAUAGAAAGUUUUAGGUUUUCUUUUAAUUUUUAUUUAAUUCUUUUUUGCGGGGUUUCAUAUAAAUGGAAAUGAUUUAUUGUGGAUUGGUGAAUCGAUCGAAAAUUUAAGAUUAAAGAUUUUGUGUGUGGAUCUGAAAUAAUGAAAUGAUUUAUGUCUAAUA